AUGACCGAACAAAGCUCUAUACCGAAAGGAAUGGGCAGUACGAAUCUCGCGCCAGUGCCUGCAACAGCACCAGCUCCCGCUCCCUCGACCAAUGACUACAAGGGCUUUGUAGGUGGCGUAUUCUCUGGUAUCGCAAAGCUGAGUGUCGGCCAUCCCUUCGACACAAUCAAGGUCCGCCUCCAAACCAGCAAAGAUGGCCACUUCCGGGGACCCUUAGAUUGCACCAUGCAGACAUUACGGAAAGAGGGAGUGCGGGGAUUCUAUAAGGGUGCAAGUCCACCGCUGGUUGGAUGGAUGGUGAUGGACUCUGUUAUGCUUGGGUCACUGACGCUAUACCGACGGUUGUUGCUGGAGAACGUCUUUUCCAACCCGGGCCUCCGCCCUUACAUCCCUUUUACAAAGAGUCAACCUGACUUGAAAACGCUCCCAACAGUCGGCCAUGGUAUCGCCGGUGUCUUCUCGGGAAUGACAGUCAGUCUCGUUGCUGCCCCAGUUGAACACAUCAAGGCUCGACUUCAAAUACAAUAUUCUGCCGACAAGAGCAAGCGCAUGUACAGCGGUCCCAUCGACUGUAUUCGCAAGAUUUAUGGCUCACACGGCAUCAGUGGAAUUUACCGCGGCCUGUGUGCCACCAUGCUCUUCCGCUCCUUUUUCUUUUGUUGGUGGGGCUCCUACGAUCUGGUCACUCGCUACAUGCAGAAGAACACUAGUCUAUCAGCACCUGCCAUCAAUUUCUGGGCUGGAGGCAUCUCAGCCCAGGCCUUCUGGGUUGUUGCUUACCCGGCAGACGUGGUGAAACAGCGUUUGAUGACAGAUCCGAUGGGCGGGUCUCUUAACGAUGGCAAGAGACAGUUCCACAGCUGGAAAGAUGCGGCUGUAGCUGUUGGGCGUGAACGUGGGUGGAAAGGCUACUUCCGGGGCUUUGUGCCAUGCUUUAUCAGGGCGUUCCCGGCGAAUGCGAUGGCCCUGGUUGUAUUCGAGGGAGUGAUGCGCGCCUUGCCAUGA